AUGUCAAACACACUCGAAGCUUCCUUCCGAUCGGAAAGAGUUGCAGAUUCCACAACCUCUCCGGUGUACUUGAGUAUCGAUAAUAUUUAUGACGGACAGAAACAACCAAUCCUUGUAGAGAACCAACCUCGUGGCUGUUCACCAAUGCUUAUUUUGAAUGAGAACACAUAUGAAUUUAAUAACGAAGAUCCUACCAAAUUCAUGCCCACAAGCGAUAUUUACCUAUGGAAUACCUCUGAAGCCCGUUAUAUUGGGAAAUCUGACAGGGGCGACGAAAUGUACUGUAUUCUUUCUUCAGAGGGUACAUUGUCAAUCGUUCACAAGAAGUAUGACUCAAAGAAAAACGGCCAGAAAGGGCCUUUUUAUUUCGGGGUAGAAAAAAAGUUUGUUUUCAAUGAUAUACUAAAUCCUGAAAUACCUUUUCUGAUGACAUCGUACUUGCGAAGAAUUUAUUAUUCCUAUGAUAAAAGAAGUAUACGAUGUGUAGCAGCUACUGGGGAGUUGAAAGAUACACUUGAAGCGAUAAGUCGAGAAACGCAUUUUUAUCCAAUUGUGUUUUCUCUGGGCUUUACUGAAGAGUUAAUACAUUUUGAAAUAUUAGGCAGAGGAGGUAUACUAGCUUGUAUAUUCCGAGACACUACCAGCAAUUAUCUAGGAGUACAGUACACUCGAUGGUGUGCCGAACAAUCCCAAUUUGUAUUAGUAACGAAAAAGCUCAUGGUGGAGAAUGCUGAAUCUGUUGGUGAUUUGAAAGUCAAGAAACUUUUUGAUUAUAUACUGAUCGCUUUCGAUCCUCAUUAUAGGAAGACAUGGAUACUUUCGCCCAAAUAUGAAUCAAAAUGUUUCACGAAUGACAUACUUCCUGAAAGUGUCGAAGUAAGCGAACGAUUUGACAUAAUACAGAAAGACAAGAAGUCAACCAUAUACAUCUAUACCAAAGACGGAAGAGUCUUUUCAUUUAGAAUCACUGUCAAUCAGAAAGGGGUUUUACAAGUCAUGCCCUGGAAACCACUAGACUUAGGUGUGGAACAGCUGGGUUUAAAAUUUGAACUCAUAUGGACAUUUAAUGACGGAUUACAAUUUUUCUUUUAUAAAGAUGGGAAAAUACACCUACUAGAUACAAGUAAGGGAAAUAAAAUUAUAAAUAUUGGCUUAACAUCAGAAAAAACUCCUGAAUAUAUUAAUUAUGUAGAUGCUCAACCUAUCCCAAAUGGAGGAUCCGACUUAGAUAGCCUUCUUUUGGCUGGUAUAACAAAAGAAGGUUACGGUAUACUAGAAAAGAGACACUGUCAUAAAGUGGUGUCUAACUCAGCUUCCACUAUUUUCAAUAUACCUCAUGCACCUGUGUUUGACAUAUGGGUGGACGAUAACAUGCUAUAUUAUGACACUGGCUCUUCUAUUGGUGAACUUCCCCAUAAUUUCAAACUAAAACAAUACGGCAACAGUUCUCGUCGGCUUCCCAACAUUGAGAUCGAAGAAUUAUAUUAUGGGGCACUCAUGCAUUUCGUCGCAACACAGGAUAAAAACCCAAAUGAUUAUUCAAUAGUAGCUAAAGAGCGUUUGUUGUGGGAAAGUCGAGAUAUGAGAACACUGGACGAGAAAGAUUAUGGAAAAAGUUAUUACAAAGGAAACACGGAUGCUUUACUAAAAUUUUUGACAAACCAUGGAGAUUUUGUUUCAAUCAGAAUGGGAAGAGAUCGAACAUUUAGCCUUGUCCAUAGUACUAACUAUAGUAAAUAUCUAAAUCAUUUAGAUGAAGCAACAUUAUUGACAUCGUAUAACUCAAUGAACUUUUUCUGCCAAAGGAAUCAUCUAUCGCGAUUCAUUGAUAACAGUAAACCUAUUCAAAUAAAUCUGCCACCUGAUUUUUUUGCAGCUGAAAUGACAACAAUAACCUAUAAUGAAAUCCUUUGGAAGGAACGUCAACGCCAUACAUAUAUCGUUUUAUCAAGCUACGACGGAAAGAUACUAUUGUUUUCGUUAACUUUAGAGAAACUUCUAGAAAUCCAACUUGAUACGAGAAAACCUUUAAAAUAUACCUCAUGCGAUGAUCCCGAAUUUGCACUGUUGGUUCUAUACAACGAGGAUGUAAUAUUAAUGAUAAAUUUAGCCGAUUUAAUUUAUUUCACUAUAGAAUUCAAAUUCAAGGCAAGGACUAUAGUUUGGAUCGACUCAGAGAAGCCAAAGCGAAGAAGACCAAAGUCUUUCCUUAUUCUAGAUACUAAAAAUACUGUUCAUUUUUAUGACUUUGUAAGUAAGAAAUCAACGCUGAAUGAGCUAUACUCAGCCGUAAGUUCUUUGACGUUGCCUUUGACUUCUGAAAUUCCUUUGCGAUUGCUUGUACUACCUAACUCCCCACAAUGGGCAGUUUUACUUUCUUUUCAAGAAAAUACUUCUGAAACACUCCUCUCUAUACUGAAUUAUAAAACAAUGGAGGUGAUACAACGCCUAGUAGUAGAAUCGAUGUACUCAAAUUGUCUUAUAGAACCAUUAUUGCCCCAAGAGGACGGGUUAUCAAACUUGCGUUUUGAAUUAGAAAAAUAUUUCAUACUUUAUUACCGCCAUAACUCUGAACCCAAAUUCUUUAUUUAUCGAUUAUCGGGACAUACAUUGGAAUGUGUCCAAGUGCAAAAGUUACUAUUUCCAGUCACGCAUAUUCUUGUUAGUAGACUUGACGUGUAUUUCUACGGCUCUCAGUUUGAACAUUAUUGUAUUGAAUUGUUACCUGGGAAUGUAGUCAAGUUAAAGAAAACUGGACAAACUAACAUGCUUGAAAACUAUCCUACAUUUUUUACUGGAUCCUUUGUCAACAAUGAAACGCUUGUCACCGUGGACCCAUUUGACGGAACAAAACGGUACGAGAAGCAAAGCUUACAAGCCAAAUCAUUCCAUGCUGAUACCUUAGAAUUAGAAAAUUAUUGCAAUACCUAUAACUUGGUAACACACGUAGCGACUAAAAGAGUUUAUAGAGAGUUAGAAAAUAAAAAGUCUCCAUCUUUUAAGGAAUCAUACCUGCAAGACGGAUUAGAUGCCUUUAGAGAGCUAUCAAUAAAACCGCUAACUAUUCCAGGAAGACUAUACCGAGCGAUGGCAGAUCUACAGAAUUACCUUUAUAUAUAUUAUGAACUUGGAAGUAAAGAUGAAAGUCGAUCUGUCCUCUCUCCAUUUUACAAAGUCCAACUUCCAGGAACAAUAACAAAUGUAAUCCCUGUUCGACCUCAUUUUGAAAACAUCCAGUUGGAACCGGAAAGUAGUUAUCCGUUAUGGAGGAACCGUAUUCCAUUGUUUUUAGUUACCUGUUCUAACUCCCAACUUUUCAUUAUCUCCGAAAUUACCAAAAAACAAGUAAGGGAGAAAUUUCGUGAAUAUACUCCACCAAUGCCUGAACAUAUUUAUCCUUUUCAAAGAAAUAGUGGCUGUUCUUUAAUAAACUAUCCUCCAAGAAAUGAGGACAAGUUGUGCCCUCCUGGACACACUUAUCAAAUUGAAGUAUUGGAAGAAACCCUACCGCAGCGAAUAGCUAUUAAAUUUUUGAGGACAGGCUUGGAAUCUAGUCCGAGCCACCCAGAUUCCAAUGACAGUGAUAGUAAUUGCUCAUUACCGUAA